GUUCUGAUUCUCUGCGGAUUGUGGUAAACAACGUUAGCUGUAGCAUUAGCUUGAUUUUAACACAAAAUAGUAAAGAUUUCAAUGUAUUCUUCAAUUGUAUAGAAUUUCGCCUACACUGAGGAAACCGUCUUGCGUAAUGGCGGACAUCCCCGGAGAUUAUGACUUUGAAGAUUAUGACAAGCCAGGUGCAGAGAGAUCACGCAGGAGGAGAGGCGAAGAUGAUAAUUUAGACAGUGAUCUUGAGAGUGAUUUGCUCGAGGAGGAUUGGCUGACAGCCAAAAAGAAUCCCUCAGAAGUGUCAGAUGAGGAAUUGAACGAUGACCUUCUACAAAGUGAUGAAGAAGAUCAAAACAUCGGCCAGGGUGUUAGCCUCAAUGCUACUCUAUGCGAAUUUGACCAGCAGGUGAACCCCAUAGACUACCCAGAACACCUAGGAGAUGUAGAGGGGGGCUACCAGCAGGAGGGGGGAGAGUACGUGGACGAGUACAGCCAGCCCAAUGACAUGGAGAUGCCAGACGGCCAAAUGGAAUACUCAGGAGAACAGGCUGGGGGCGACGGAGUGUUAGACAUUCAAAUCAAUGAGCCUCUAGACGAUGAAUUUCAAGUGGAUGAUUACUCACCAAGCUAUGGAGGUGGAGAACAGCAGGCAGAGCAACAGGAAGCCCCAGAGGGAGAGGAGGAGGAAGUCUCUCAGCUCGCAGACACAGAGGCUGAGAAUGAACCAGAGCCAAAGGAAGAAGUGAAGGAGGAGGAAGACGAGGAUGAAGAGGAAGACGAUGAUGGAGAGUCUGGCCGGUUGCGGUUCAAAACAGAGCGUAAGGAUGUCACGUCUGGUGUUGUGCGUCUGGCGGAUGCAGCAACCAAAAGAAGAAACAUUCCUGAAACAUUAGAGCUGUCUGAAGAGGCCAAAGCAGACCUGAUGGAGUUUGAGGAGAAGGAGCGCCAGAGGAAGCAGGGCCGCUUUGGGGGCCGAGGAGGAAGAGGAGGAGGAGAUAGAGGAGGAUUCAGAGGUCGAGGAUUAAGAGGGAGGUUCCCCGGAUUUGGGAUGGGAGACUUCGGUGGAGGAAGAGGACGAAUGAAUGACCUGAGGCUCCCAAUGGUGCCUCUACAUAUGGGCAUGCAGCAGUCUCCCUCCAGAAUGCCUCCCCCUCACCACCACCAACAUCAUCAUCCUCAGCAGCACCAUCACCAGGGUGGCCCUCGAGGGCCCUCCUUCCAGGAGCACGGUGGUGGCCCGCUGGCCCAGCAGCCCCUGCAGCCCCUCAUCCCCCUGCACAUGGCCCAACGCGGGGCACCAGUCAGGCCCCAGAUUGACCCACCGCCCCGCAUGAUGAGUCCCCCUCCCUCACACAACCACCAACAGCAACAACAACAGCAGCAGCAGCAGCAGCAGCAGCAGCAGCAGCCCAAGAACAUCCACAUCAACCCCCAUUUCAGGGGCCCUGCGUCCUCCCCUGCGCAAGUGCCCUUGAUGCCUCCUGCCCAGAGCCAGCCACCCAGACCUGCUGUGGGUCCUCAGAGGUUCCCUGGACCGGGGGACUUCCAGCAACAGCACAUGCCUGGUAAUUUCAGCCAGCCGCCCCAGAGGCCCCCCCAUCACAUGGAGCCCUGGAGGAACCAGCCUCCCCCCACCCCCCAGGACAGAGAGCCCUUCUUCAUCGGGGAGCCAGGGCGGUUCCCAGGGCAGCAGCUGCUCAUGUUCGAUCACCAGAACCCUGGUUUGCUCAUGAACAGUAACAACCACCAGCUCCCCGGCCAGGGCCACAUGGCCUUCAGUCAGCCAAGCCCAGGAGGGUUCAACCCGCCAGGCCAGGGUCCAGGGGGCCAGCUAGGGAUGUUCCAGAGAGAGCCCCCCAGACCUAACCUGCCUCCCCAGGGCCACCCCCAGAGCCACCAGGGCAUGGCCAGCCUGACUGGGCACAGCGGACCCACCAACACCAGGCUCUUCAUGGGUCACCGUCAGCCCGGCUUCCCCCAGCAGCAGGGGACUCCCGGGCCCUUCCCCUCACAGCAGCUCCAGUUUGGGAUGCAGGUACGGAUGAGAGGCUUGAUGCAGCACGGCCUUCUCCACUCGCAGCUCCAGCAUCAUGACUUGCCUCUAUCCCAUCAGCAGCAACAACAACAUCAGCAGCACCGCAGACAGGACCUGUCUCAGCCUCACCCUCAGCACCACCCUCACCCCCAUCCCAGCGAGCAGCGGCAAGGCCCCAUGAUGCACCGCGGCGGGCAGGGCCAGCCCCCCUUCCACCAGCAGCAGAUGCAGCAGCACGGCAGCCCCAGACAGAUGCACCCUAGCGUGCCCCGCCCCCAGAACCUCCAGCAGCGCAACGCCCUCAUCAGACCCAGGAUGAGCCCUCCUACCCCCAAAGUUAUUCCCCAGCGCAACAGCAACCUCCGCGAGCUCCCCGUGGCACCUGGCAACCAAAACAUGAACAAUGUCCGCCUUGCCUCUGCGCCAAACGCCUCCAACGUCAGGCCCGUUGCCAGGGCAAUGCAGGGGGGGGUGCGUCCAGGCCUGAACGCUCGGCCGGUACCCGGCGGUGGCAGAGGAAGAGCCCAGCCUACUGCUGCCAACAAGGCUGCAGCACAGCUUCCUGGGCCACCUGAAAGAACGGUGGUUCGCAGGGAUUCCACAGGCACUCGGCCAAACACAGCAGUACAGGAUCCGGACGAGGACGAGGAGACGCGGCAGUACCGUCUGAAGAUCGAGGAGCAGAAGCGUCUCCGGGAGGAGAUCCUGAAGAGGAAGGAGAUGAGGAGGCAGAUGCAGGCCAGCGUCCGCAAGAAAGAGCUACUGGAACGCAUCAACGGCCAAGGUGACCCACCACAACAACAGCCGCAACACCAACAACAGCAGCAGCGUCAGUUUCCUCCUAAACCUCAACAGCCCCAGCAAGGCUCUACUGCCUUCCCUCCUAACGGCAGGGAAGCCCCACAGACGCCCCUCGCGCUCCACCAGAACGUCAAGACCCGCCUGACCAAGGGCCAGGGUCAGCAAGCCCCGGCUCCAGGCUGGCAGGGCGGCCAGCAGGGGCAGAACACUGGCCCCGGGGGCCCCGGUCCCAACCCUAACCAGCAGGUCCAGUGGCAACAGCAACACGGGCAGCAGAGGUGGAACGUUACCCAGCUGAACCCUAUCAGACCAGGGGGGGCCCCUCCCAUGGGGAACAUGCCCAUGCAGGGAGUCCCGAUGGCGGGUUUGGGUUCAGGCCAGGCCCAGUCUCUGGGGCCUAAGUCAGGGGUGAAGAGAACUGUGAUGCAGCGAGCCAAUAGUGGAGACGGAGCAGGGCCGCAAGUCCCACAGAAAGUCAGAGUGGUCAAGCUUCUAGGAGGGGGAGGAGAUGUGAGUGGUGCCAGCGCCCCCAUCCAGCAGCAGGCCACCAGGCCAGCCCUCCAGCUCCGCCAGGGCCCAGUGAGGAAGGUAACCCUGGCCAACCCCCCCGUCGAACAGCCCAUACAGGGCCUGGUCACACAGGGGGGCAGAGGGGGCAUGGGCAACAGGGUGGUUGUCCCAGGGCGUGGCAGAGCCAGAGGGGCAGCGGGGGCUGGAGGAGCGGGUCAGCUGGGGCGUGGGCGCCUGAUUCCCACCAGACAGAGCCAGCGAGGGGCAGGGGACAGCCAGGCCUGUACUGUGUCCAUAGACGGCCUCUCCACAUCCACCACCGACGCGCAGCUCCGAAACUUGCUCAACUCAAUCGGCCCCAUCCAGAUGUUCAAAAUGCUGCCCCAGCAGAGGAAAGCCAUUGCCAAAUUUCACAAUCCCCAGCAUGCCUUGAGUUUCCAAGUCAGCUUCAACAGGCAUAUGAUAGAUUUGUCCCAUAUUGACGUGUCACUGAUUGAUGUCUGAAGCGCGCGGUAGAGGGAGGUGUCGAGCGCCCAGUGCAGGACGUCACGCCUGGCGCUCAUGCGGCUUGGAGGCUUCCGUGUACAGAUCCACAGCCCUAUGGAACGCUAAGAGCCUACACCGCACCCUCAUCCUCCUCACAACAAGCACCCCUGACUGCCUCACCUGCUGACUAUCUACUGUGGAAAACGUCAACACAAAGCAGCAUGUUUUGCUCAUGGUUGAAUUGCCGUCAAGGGGGAGGUUCAAUGCCGGUUUCAUGUGACAAUAUGUUUAUGGUCGCUGGUCUGGACACUUGGACAGACGUGACUCUAGAGGGAAGAUACUGGAUAGUCUGUGAAAAGAUGAGAAAAGGUUUGAGUAAAAGGUUUGUGCAUCGGGCACUAACGACAACAAGAAAUAGUGGUUGACACUGGAUAAUGGUUGCUCCCACGCUCAGCUCAGUUGUGAACACCAUCGAUAUCAACGAUUAGGGAGAAGAGUUUUGGAGAUCUGUGUAUAGGCUAUUUAACUUGUACCUGGAGAUUUUGCAAAUUUUCUGAACAGGUGUUUUUGAUUCGAGGCAAGCUGCUGAUGUAGGUCUUGGCUGAAUGAAACGGGUGUAGAAUAGGUGCGAGGCUUGCCACUACAUAUUUUCCAUUCUGGAAGUGCCAUUUUCCUUCUAUAGAUGGCAGCAUUUCAUAAUUAUUGUGGAUUGGAAACUAUGGGGUGGCUUUUCGUAUAGAGCCCUUCCUCAAGCAUCAUUUAGUUUCUGGGUAAAUGGCACUGCCUAGUGGAGAACUUAAGCCAUUAAAAAAACAAUCUGUUCUAAUGCAGUUUGACGGUGAUUAUGGUGAUCAUUCAAACUUGCACUUGCACCAGGUAACGAUUCCAAGGAUUUUUGUUCAAAUAGAAUCUAGAUUGAUUAGCCAUGCAACAUUAUAGGAAGUUCUUAAACCUAUUCCUAACAUAAUUUCACUCUUCUGUUAAAGAAAGCCCUUGUUUUGACUGGCCACCAUGUCUUCACCUUUCAGUUUCGGAGGAAUACUAGGCUAGAUGACAUGGAUAAAUAGUGUGUAUUUGUUAGGUUUUCUCUACACUGAAGUUCAUUGACGUUACGCAGAAAGACUGGUUUAAUUGUCCUUCUCAAGCUAGUGAGUCUAUUUUGACCGGUAGCGUUACUUGAUCAUUAGAAAAACGUGUACUUUAAUAGGGAGCCGUUCGUAUAGUCUUUUUAACUGGGUAAACAUGAAUAGGGCACCUAAGUUUGAUCUCGGAAUGCGUUUUAGACAUUUUAAUUUUGGGGAUGCACUCAACAUGUUUAGUUUUGUAUAUUGUUGGCAUUUCUGAUUUCAUUGGUACAUGUCCGGUUUAGUGGGUUUGCUAGCUCCAAAAUAAAUCAUCAUUACAGAUUAAUUUUAAAGGUUUGUCAGUGUUUCCCCUAGAUUUUGUUUUAGCAGUGGUGGCAACUGUCGCGGAAGGUGGGUGGGGGGUCAGGCAAGGUUUUUCUGGAUCAAAAAGGGGUUUAUCUGGUGGGCGUGUUGGGGGGUGUGGUAAUGGGCGUGGACGGCCCAUUGCCACAGCUUCAUUCGAUCCAGAAUUGGCGGCGGAGAGACAAAUGUGCUGUUUUUCAGCUAAUUUCCUGCAAUUCUAUACAUUGCAUUUUGCCAUGGCUGUUUUCUUAUGCUCACACAUUAUAACAAAAGCAAUGGGUACCCUAAUCGGGGGCCCUAAUCGGGGGCCCUGGGUAUGUGCCCUGCGUGUCCGGUCAGUAAUCCAGCCAUGCCAAAAAUACUCCUAAAUUCAUCGUUUUUAGAAUUUUCUGUUCUCCCUAACUGUCUAGCUUUUAUUUGAGAGAUUUCUAGUUCUCAAAGAUUAUAUUAUUAAAAAAUAUAUAUGUAAAUUAUAAUUUCUACAUACUUUGUCUGGUUUUUGUCAUUUAAGUUUACACUAAAAAAAAUUUCCCGUCCCACUUUUUAAAAUAUAUUUGGUGGGGGGGGGG